UCAAGCCGCUGAUAACUGCAAGAACAGCCAUCAGCAUGGAUUUCAAUGCCUUUUUAGUUCUUUAUCUUGUGAAACUGAAGACACAAAUAAUAUUCAUCUUUUUAAUGUGUAUUGUUAUUUGUUAUGUCACAUGUAUUUUAUGUUACUUCUUCCAUCUAGGUAUACCUGAUAGAAAACAGCAGCUUCAAGCAUUGAAUCUUUUAAUUCUACUGUUGCCGGCAGUUCAUAGAGAUUGUUUGAAGAUUCUUGUUCAAUUUUUGAGCCAAGUGGUAGCCCAUGAAAAACAAAACAAGAUGGGCUUGAACAGUGUGGCUAUGAUUAUGGCUCCAAAUCUUUUCCUUUGCACAUCCAAGUCACAGCCAUCGUUACAAGAAAUCAAGCAAGCUCAAGGCACAGUGAACAUUGUAAGAAUGUUAAUCAAGUAUCAAGCUAUUCUGUGGACGAUCCCUGGGUUCAUGGUUAUGCAGGUUCGGUAUCUGUAUGAAGCAGAAGGAAACAAGAAAGCUAAAGACGCUAAAGCGGUCAGGAAGUUACUUGCGAAACGUGCUCGAGGUGAUGGAGUGGGUGGUUCUCCACAGAAAAAGCAUUCUCUAGGAGAAGCUCCUUUAGUGUCCAUGGAUGUAUGUCAGAUUUGCUGCUUGUUGAAUAUCAGAUAGAGCUUCCUCUAAUAUUAAGAUGGCAGGUACACCAUAUGGUUGUACAACCAUGCUACAUCUAAGAACAAUGAAAUUCUUUAUUAAAUCCAUUUUGAAAUCACUGCAUCUUUUUCUCAGCCAAUGAGAAUGGGACAGUAAAA